UCUUUCCCCAGUCAGCUCGAAGCUUCGAGACACCAACCAAACACGACCAGAAGCUCCUCCUUCCACCUUCUCUUCCUCCCCAUAUCCUUACCUCCUUUGACUGCUCCGUUGGUUCGCAUUGCUUCCUCUCUCUCUCUCACUCACUCAUUCCUCGUUCACGAAGAUCUCCUCUUCCUCUCCUGUUACCUUGCCGGGGCGCUGUCUCUCAACCGGGGAGAUCGCAUUUGCAAUGGAGAAUGGAGGGGAGGAGAAGCAAGUGACCACGUCGUACAGGUACUGGGUCAGGGAAGCCGCCGGGGACGCGGCCCCUCUCCCCGUCCCCAAGAAGCUCUCCCCCGAUGAAAUUGCCCCUCCCCAGUCUCAGACCCCCAACCUCGGCUCCGUCUGGAAUAAGGCCGGAACUUGGGAGGAGAAGAACCUUAAUAAUUGGGCAGCCGAUAGGAUCAAGGAGCUGCUCGGGUGCAUCGGAUCCCUGGAUUUUCCGGCUGGAAAAGCUCAAAUAGCUGAAGUAACCAAAUGUACUGGAGAUGCAUUCUUGGUAACUGUACGAAACAAGAAACGUGUUGGAUACACCUAUGAACUAACACUAAAAGUUGAAGGGGAAUGGACCAUCAGGGAGGAGAAAAAGACGGUCAAGGGGCACGUAGAUAUUCCAGAAUUCUCAUUCGGUGAACUGGAUGACCUGCAGGCAGAGGUGAGAUUAAGCGAAGAGAAGGAUCUCCUGCAACAGGAUAAGCUGAUGAUAAAGAAGGAUCUGAAGCACUUCUUGAAGCCUGUACGUGAGAAGUUGUCUCAGUUCGAGGAGGAGCUUAAAGAUAGAUAGUGAGAGGGGAAGUGUUGUCCUUCCCCUCUACUUAAGCUAAAACGUAUGUAGGAGUUUUCUCUUGAUUCUUGCAGUCAUCCGGCUGCUACCUCAUUACGUCAAAAGAAGUAUUUCACGGGAGGAAGCCCCGAAAUCGGAAGAGGGGAAUGCUGAAUUUUUAUUGGCAUGACACUGUAUUCGAUAAGGACUAAGUUGUGUUUCUUGAACGUGUUGUAUUUCUUUGAACUUGCUGUGUCUUAGGCCGUUGUUGGGAUGUCCAGAAGGAAAAUGCUUAUUAUGGCUUAUGAGAUCUGGUUUUUGUUUGAACUGUU